GUACUUUUAGAAAUUGCAGUACGAUUAAAUUUUCAAGACUGGAAUUUAGAUUAAAUCUUUACACCAAUAUCAACCUAGCAAUAAAUGUCUUUUACCCCCAAUUUACCUGUAUCUUAUUUGAUAAGAUCAGCCACACAAGAUGAUGGUAAUACUCGUAAAUCAAGGGAAGAAUGGAAAAAAUUAAAAGAAUUAGAAGAAGCUAGGAAACAAGGAAAUGUACCAGCUCAAACGGAUGAACAGGGACGUGACAUAAAUCCUCAUAUCCCUCAAUAUAUUGCCCAAGCACCCUGGUAUUUUGGUUCUGCCACAGCUACUUUACAACAUCAAAGAGAGCAAGAAGAAAAAAUCAAAGAAUAUCACAAAAUUGAUACAUGGUACCAGAAAGGAAUUAUAUCUGAAAAACCAAAAAAAUUUAGAAAAGGGGCUUGUGAAAAUUGUGGUUCUAUGACACAUAAAAAAAAAGAUUGCGUUGAGCGGCCUAGAAAAAUUGGAGCCAAAUUUUCAAAAAAGGAUUUAGCACCUGAUGAAGUUAUUAUACCUCCUCCAUUAGAGAGUGAUUAUGAUGGAAAACGAGAUAGAUGGAAUGGAUAUGACCCAUCAGAAUAUGCAACAGUUGUGAAGGAAUUUUCAAAAAUAGAAGAGGUCAAAAAACUCAUCAAAGCUCAAAAAUUAGAAUCAGAGUUGACUCAAAUAAAUGGUACUAAUGAGGAAGAAAUAAAUGAUGAUAAAAAUGCAAAAGAAACCAUCAUAAAUGCAGUGACUCUCAUUGCCGAUGAAAUUGAUGAAGAUUUGGAGGAUGAGGAUAAAUAUGCAGAUAGUUUUGAUAUGCCUGGGACAAAACAUGACAGCAAACAAAGAAUUACAGUCAGAAAUUUAAGGAUACGUGAGGACACUGCUAAAUAUUUGUACAAUUUAGACCUGAACUCAGCCUUCUAUGACCCCAAAACAAGAUCCAUGAGAGCAAAUCCAUUUGCCGAUGCCAAAUCUAACCCAAAUGAAUUGAAAUAUGCUGGAGAUAAUUUCAUAAGGUAUACCGGUGAUACACCUAACAUUGCCAAACAACAAUUAUUUGCCUGGGAAGCCAUAGACAAAGGUAUAGAUGUUAAUCAACAGUCUGAGCCUACAAAAUUGGAAUUGCUCUAUCGGGAAUUUAAAGAGAAGCGUGAGGAAUUGAAAGGUGAUUUACGAAAUACUCUUUAUGAUAAGUAUGGUAGGCAGGAAGACUUCGAGGCGCCCCCCGUUCAAUUGUUGCUAGCGCAAAACGAAUCCUACAUAGAAUACUCACGAACGGGGCAGGUUGUUAAGGGGCAAGAACGGGCGAAACUCAAAUCUAAAUAUGAGGAAGAUGUUUACAUUCAAAAUCAUACGUCUGUAUGGGGAUCUUUUUGGUAUCAACAAUGUUGGGGUUACAAAUGCUGUAAUUCAUUCGUUAAACAAUCUUAUUGCAUGGGGGAAAAAGGAUUACAAUUAUUCAAAGAAAGAUUGGAAAAUGAAGCCGAUGAAAAUCAAACUCAGAACGAAUUUGAAAAUCGAACCUCUAAAAGGAUAAAAAUAACAUGACAUCGAUUUUUUACUCCGAUUAUUACAUACUUCAAUAUUUAUAUUAUUUUAUUAUUAAUGUGAACAUUUCUUAAUGUAUUUAUU